AUGGUGGAUGAUAGUCUUGACACUCAACGUCAAGCAGUAUUCCUUCAGUUAAAACCUCUAUGCGUAUCUCUCAUCCAAUCUACAUCGGUUUCAGCUUCGAAAUCUCAUGAAACUUUUCAAACCAUCGACAAUUUGCUCAAUAUUCUUUACUCAAUUCCGGACCCAUCCAGGAUAUUUGAUUACAACUUAAUCAAAUAUGUAUAUUUUCCGUUGCUUCAACUCUAUAAUAAUCCAAUUCUACGGCAAAGUAAUAGAUUUAUUGAAGGUUUUCUGAAUUGUCUUCAUUUUUUAUUAACAGCAAGUUGGAAAAAAUAUAUGGUUCCCGAUCAAUUCAAACAACUUCUACUUGUAUUCGUCAAUAUUAUUGGAGGAUCAACUCUUGAUUCAAAAACUGUUAAUAGAUCAUAUUUAACAGAGUUUACUAUCUCUGAAGAAUCUAAACUUGCAUGUGUUAAGUGUAUGUUGGCAUUAUUGCCAGUACACACUGAAUCAUUUGAAAAUGUUGAUAAUAGAGAUCAUUUCCAAAUUGAAAUCCGUCGUGAGUUAAUUUUACAAGAAUUAAUGAGUAUUCAAGUUAGAGCACUUAUUGGUCGUUGUGUUUAUGUUUUGUUGGAAAUUAUUUCUAAUGAAAAUUUGUUACAACUAAGACUAACUUCCCUUGAGACUAUGCAAUCCUUAGUUGAUAGCAUAGAAGAUCUUGGAAUUAUUGCAGCUUUCUUGCCUGGAAUGGUUAGCACAUUAUGUAAAACUUUAAUAAGGGACCAAAAGGAGAAUCAUAUGUUAUUAGCAAAGAUUGUUGAAACUUUAUCCGUCAUUAUUACUAGUGUCAUGAACGAUAAUGAUGAAGUUAAUAAGAGCUUGUUUACUAUAACGGGAUCAUUAAGCGAUUUAAAAGAUUUAUUUCACAGUACCGAUUCUUUUUCUAAUCAAACAAGUUCAUCGUUAUCUAAGACAACAUCAACUCAGACAUCACAAUCACAACAAUCAGCGCUUGCAUCCAUUUAUGUAGAAAGAACAAAGUCAUGGCUUAGAGCGACGAAAUCACAAAUUAAACUGUUGAUGUGUCAAAUUUUCACAAUACGUAAUCAUUCCGCAUGGCAGCUUAGAUUAGCGUUUGUGAAUUUUUCAUAUAAGCUUCUUUCUAGUAGUGCAAAAUGCUUAGAUAAUUGUAUUCCUAUAUUAAUCGAAACUCUUGUAUUUUAUUUAAAUGAUAAUUAUGUUCAAGUAUCGAAUCCAUGUCGACAAAAUUUGGAUUUAUUACGUGCACACUCCGAUUUUAGGGAAAAUUUUACACCAAUAUUAAAAGAAAAUUUUAAUAAUUGGCUUAUAUCGUUACCAAGAUAUUUAAUCGGGUUGGAUGAAAAUGCAAAAUAUAAUGCUUUAUCGUUAAUAGCAGGGUUUAUUUCUCUUUUGGGGUCAGACAUACAAACAGUAUUGAAUAUUUCAUUGCAAAGGGUAUCAGAUGGGUUACUUAACGCGUUAGAAUUUGAUACAGGUGACGUUCGAGUCGUGGAAAAUCGAUUGUUAACUGGGCAGUAUGACACGAUUGAAAAUGAAAGUGCUAUCACUACAGAUGCUGCUUUUCAAGAUUCUGAACGCACUUUGCCACAUUUUCCUCAACCACAAUAUAAACAUAUUAGAGAACAACGUGUCAAGACAUGUUUAUCAACAGUUUUUCGAUUGCUCGGAUAUUUUAGUAACAUAUCAUUUUUAAUAGAUCAUUUCCUUGCAUAUUUCAGAGACCAAGAAUCCACAAGAUUAUAUGCACAAUGUAUAUUUAUUCUUAAAGAAAUCUUACUUGGAGCAGCUGGAAUUAACAUGAGGACAGAUUUAAAUUUUGAAUAUUAUAUAAAUUUGAAACCAGUUAAUGCAUUACGAGAUGUGAAAAGAAUAGCUAGAUCAAUUUUAAAGGAAUAUAUAGAGUCAGAUGUAACACUCAACAUUAUCAAUAAUUUUGAUUCGACCACGAAAGCAGUAUCCAAUAAAAGCAAUUUUGUUGAGAGAAAAAUUCUUUCCACAUCCAACAUGAAUGUGGAAUCUCAAAAUCGUAUUAUUUUAAUCGAUUGUUUCAUUUUGGAGGGCAUAGCCGCGAUAUCACAUAUUUUGGGAAGGGAGUUUAGAGUAGAAUUAAUAGAUGCUCUUUACCCUAUAUUAGAAAAACUUGGAGAAAAUAAUAGACUAGUACAUGAAACAGCCGAUAUCACUUUGACUCACGUUUCUGUAUGGUGUGGGUAUUCAUCAAAAAGAGCACUAGUAUUGGAAAAUGUAGAUUACCUUGUCAAUGUUGUUUCUCGAAAACUCUCACAAAUUAUCGUUAAUCCUCGGACUCCUCAAGUUCUCACUGCCAUGAUCCGUGUAGUUGGACCGCCCCUGUUAACUUUUUUGGAUGAUUCAAUAGAAGAAAUCUUUGAUGCUUUGGAUGCGCAUCAUAUGAAUUCGUAUUUAUUGAAUCAAUUAGCAAAUGUAUUGUUUGCAGUUAUUGUUGCCAUCUCUGAAUCUGUAGAGGGAGAGAAGAAGGAAUUACAAGAGGAAGUUGAUGAUAACUCCAGUUCGCAAGAAAAUGAAGUCGGAAUAUCUAUAGAGAUUGCAGAAUUUGUCAAGCAGUAUAAAAAAGGGGAAACCCCUGAAGUUAAAAACCCGAAUUACAAUGCAACUCUUGAGGAAAUUGGACAAUAUUUUUUGAAACGUCAAAAAUCGAAAGAAAAUUUAAAAGAUGAAUUGGAAGUUGAUGAUGAUGACAUUCAAAGAGAACAUGAGCCAAGUGUAAAUCAUCAUAAAAAAGAAGAUAAAGAUAAUAAACCAAAGCCGACACAAUCACAAUCAACUUGUCUCCAGAUUAUUGACAAACUACUUCACUUCCUCGCAGCAGCAUCACCACAAUUACGUUCAAUAGUUUUGGAUGCUAUUAGGAUUUCACUUCCAAUCUUGCAAUCUAUUCCAAAAGAGCUAUAUCCGCUAAUACAUAGAAUAUGGCCAUCGGUCGUUAAACGAUUAAAGGAUCAAGAAUCGUACGUUGUUCUUAGUGCAGUAAGACUUAUCCAAGGAAUUUCAAUUUCAAGUGGGGAUUUUUUUACAAGCCGAGUAGUUCAAGACGUAUGGCCAUCAUUUCAGCAAUUGUUAGAUCAUCAAGAUACGAAAGAUAAAGAAUAUAUUGGAAUAUCACCUACAACAUAUUCUAGAUCUCAUAGAUUGAAAAAGUCCAUAUUGGAAACCAUAAAAACAAUAAUUAGUAAAGUGGCGUUAUCUAAUCAGGUUAUAUUACAAAUUAUGGAUCACAUGUGGCCAUUUUUAAAUGAGAAAGUUCAUGAAAAUCUUCAAAAUUUAACAAUUGAAUUAUUUAAGGAGCUUGCCAAGAGAAAUUCCAAUGCUACUUGGUUAAUACUUAGGGGAUUAGUUGAAGAAUAUAGUGUGAUCCCAUAUAGGAAGAUUGCGGAUGAAGAAGUAGAAUUAAAUGAUAUCGUAUGGCCAAAAUAUUUGUGUAGAUUUCCAAAAGGAGAAAAGAAAGAUCAAUUUGUAAAAAAUGUGAGACUAAUUUUAAACGAAAAUUUAUUUUAA